CAAUGGCAAAGCGCAAUUUUAACAUGUCCACGUCGGCCAUGAUCUGCUUUUAAAUAAGGAAGAAGCGGGAGGCGUUAAUACAACUUUGUGUACUCAAUAUCUCAUUCACAAUAUCGCUUAAGACUUCUGAGAAUUACGCAUGUGUUUGGAAAAAAUAAAUAAAUAACCAUAACAGUUACCAACGCACGCGAGCUGGUUUGAACCCCGUUAACCCCUGAAUCAGCUGGUUUGCAGCAGGUUAGCUGGUUGAGCUAAAGAUCAGCGGUGUGGGUUUAUCUGGACUUGUUUAGUCGUGUAGAAAGAAGUCUGUUGUGUGAAGGGUCCGGCUACUUUGAUCUAACAAACUGGUUAGCAGUGGCACGCGAAUGACGGACAGGGGGAGCGCGCGUUUGGGAUUGCGCUGAAAACCUCGAGGACAAAUCCGGUUAUAGUCGAGGCUUUCAGUCUUUCGCGAUGUUUAAUAAGUUCUACGAAUGGAUCGGAACCGGGAUUGCCAGUCUGAGAAACGAAGCUCCAGCUGGUGCUGUUCAAGCCGGUUCAGUGAGGGUGGAUCAAGACGGGACAGUACGUAGAAAAAGACCGUUAGAGUGUUUGGAAGAUGGAGAUGCAGUUGAUCAGGAGGAGGAGAGGGUGGUCAAGAAAUUCAGAAUGGGAGAUUUCAUGGACACGGUGAAAAAUGCAGCAGAGGGAGUGAAGACCCAUGGUUCGAGUGUUGCGGUUUGGGUGCGGAACAACGUCCAACCUAACCUGAGGAACAUGCUGCCGGCUUCGCCAGGUCCACCCCGAACAGGAAUUCCAUCAGAACCAGCUACCAAUUCAGCUGCAUCAGUAUCUUCGUGGAUGGAAAACAAGUUUGAGGAGAGGACACUUGAUAAACUUGAGGACACAUUUGUGGCACCAUCCAGUGAAGUCGAGUGGAAGACCAUCACAAAAUCUGACAUCUUGAGGACUGAGCAGUCAGUGACAAUAUCAAAAAGCAGCAGAAGACACAUUUGUAUGGACCAUCCACCCCACAAGAUGCACAGAGCUAAUGGACACUCUGUUAAUUUACCCUCUGCGUCCACGGCAAAACCACCCCCCUCUCCCCGCCUGGGCAGGUCCCUCUACCACCAACCACACAGCUUCCUUUCAUCUCCGGAGACAAGUUCAGGAAAAGCUACUUAUACUAGCCUGUUUGAGAAGACGUUUCCCAUCCGAGUGGUCCAGAGUCCAUCACACGGCAGCUUGAACCGUCACUUCAGGGCCAGAGCCUGCUGUACAGCACAGGAGUCAGUGCGUGAGGAGGAGAAGGAAGUUUACAGGCAGCUCCUAGCCAUGGUGUCCGGUGGCCAGUCAGCUUUCCUUCAUGAUGGAAGCUCUCGCUCCAGCAUUCGCUCACAUCGAGAUUUCUCUAGUUUCCUGUCAUCCAACCGAAGGCUUCUUCAAUGUGCCUCUCCAGCAGGCUCUGGUACUGGUAUGUCCUACUGUGAUUUAUCCAGUCUACCCCCCAGCCCCCAGCCUGAGUCCAGCCAGAAUUCCAGUGCCCUGCCCAGUCCUGGUGCAGGCUCCAGCAUUCCAGAACCCCAGCUUUGGGCCCAGAACUUUGAGCCCAGCACUAAAGGACCAGUAGGCUCAGUACCCUCACCAGCAGCUCUUCAGGAUACAUCCUCUCAGGACACCCAGUCAUCAGCUCACGAUGGGGAUUCAGUGAUUUUUGUGAAGGAGCAACAGGGCAAGAAGUCUGAGAGCUCAAAUGUGCCAUGCUUCCAGGCUGAACUAUGGAUCAAAGAACUAACUAGCCUUUAUGACUCUCGUGCUCGGGAGAGACGGAGGUUGAUUGAAGAACAGGAGGCCCUGGCUUCUCUGCUGCUGCGCCAGCGCCUUUCUGGAGAGGGUCGAGCUACCCCUUCAAGCGUUGAGUUUAAAGUUCGUGUGCCUCUAGAGAAGGAGGUUCCUGUUGCAGCUGUUAUCGAAGAGCCUCAGUCUAUUAAAGAUGAGCCAGAAUUCCCAGAGCUUACAGAGUAUGUUGACUGGUUGAGUUCACAGGACAUGGAGAGGGAAGUGAACAGAGCUUUGAGAGGGGGCAGUCAGGAUGAGGUGCUUAGUGAGGGCUUCCGCCUCACCAUCACCAGGAAGGACCUGCAAACUCUCAGCUACCUUAACUGGCUCAAUGAUGAGGUUAUUAAUUUCUACAUGAAUAUGCUGGUGGAGCGCAGUAAGCAGCCCAAUCUACCUUCCGUUUACACCUUCAACACCUUCUUCUUUCCCAAGCUGCGCAGCUCUGGUUACUCCGCCGUCCGCCGCUGGACCAAGAAAGUGGAUAUCUUCUCUGUAGACAUCAUACUGGUGCCUGUCCACCUGGGGAUGCACUGGUGCUUAUCUGUGGUGGAUUUUCGCAAGAAGAGCAUCACUUACUUUGAUUCAAUGGGAGGAAACAAUGACGAGGCCUGCAGAAUAUUACUAAAAUAUCUGAAACAAGAAAGUGAAGACAAGAGGGCUCAGAACUUGGAUACCUCAGAAUGGAUUCUAAAAAGUAAAAGACGCAAUGAGAUCCCUCAGCAAAUGAAUGGUAGUGACUGCGGAAUGUUCACGUGCAAAUAUGCUGAAUACAUCACCAAAGACCGGCCCAUCACAUUCACACAGAAACACAUGCCCUAUUUCAGAAGACGAAUGGUUUGGGAGAUCCUGAACCAGAAACUGUUGUGACCGGACACUUUUUUUUUUGUACAGAAUUUUGUAUGGAUAAGAGGGCUCCUGUGCACUUCAGGAAUUUCAGGACAGUUUGCCCGAAACAUAGAUGGGAUGCCCUCAACCAUAGCUGGUGGACCGGUUUGCAUAUGCUUAGCUUACUGGUCGAUUUUAUGCUGCCUAACUGAAAGUUGGGAGACGUUGGUGCACCUCCAGGACACCAUAUCUCGGUCUAUAAGGGUCAGGGCAGUGGUUAUAUGCCCUUUUAUUGCUCCCUAUAACUUGAAGUAUUUUUGCUUAGCAAGCAAAUAAGCUUUGAGUGACUAUGAAAGUUUAUUUUCAUAUUUCAGCCUUUUCUUGUGCUGUCAUUCAUCUGUCAGUGUAAGUCCUGUCUUAACAUAACUUCAAUUGAUUUCACUUUGCAUUAGCCAUUUCUGUUAUUUGGCUGGAAGUUUGUUUGAUCUCCCAUCAUCUGAAGUCAAAUGUUACGUAAAAAAAAAAUAAUGAAGUUUGUGCAAACAGUUUUGCACAAAUGCUUUGCUGCAUUUUGAUUGAAAAGCAUUGCUGUUACCUCAGAAAAUAGGACCACUACUUGUAAAACAGCUGAAAUUGACAAUCACACUCACUCAGAGCUUUUGUAAUGGAAAACAGCAGUUUACUUGAUAUUUGUGACGUUUGAUACCUGUAUGUUUUAUACAAAAACUGUCAAGAGGCAAUUAACUAGUUUUUCUUUUGAAAAAAUACCCGAGACCCAAUUAGAGGUCCUGAACAGAUCUGCCUCUUUUAGAAAGACAAUUUUUCAGAAUAAACUGUUUGAGUUUUGUGAUUUUCUUUUUUUUUCUGGAGGUGAUUAAACGCUCUUGAGCUGUG